GGACAAGCUAGGCAAAAAUUGGCCGGUAGUGAUGUGAAAUUGACGGGCGUUGUCAUGACUUUGGCUCUUGGCUCCUCGGAGACGGCAUCAGAGUGCUGCUUGGUUUGAAAGGCCCGCGCUGCUGCACUCCGUGUCGUGUGGGGUGGAGGGGAAGUAGGGAAGUAGCCCCGCUGUGCUCUGCGUUCCCAUUGGCCGGCCGAGGGCCGUGACCUAUUGCGGCUUCUGCUGGCCCGGCUGGCGGCUGUCACGGGCCGGAUUGAACUCAAGUUAAGAUCAGCUGCUUGAAAGUGGGUUAAACGGGCCCGUCGCGGUGAUGCUUGACACGGCGCAGCCUCCUGCCAACAUCUGUUUUAUUGUACUUAAAAGAAGCUGUUCUUAGAGACACACAUAAGAAAUGGAUUCACUCAAGAAAACGGCACAACCCCCGAAUCCUAGGGCCAAAGCAAACAUUUUGUCCUCUCUGAUGUUUACUUGGACAUUUGGCCUGUUUUGGAAGGGGUAUAAACGAGACUUAGUUCUAUCAGAUCUCUGUGAGCCUUUGGAUGAGUAUGAUUCGAAGCAGGUUGGUGAUCAACUUGAAGACCUGUGGAAUGAACAACAGAAGAAAAGUUGUGCCAAUGGGAAGCGGAAAGUACCCAGUUUAUGGGCUUGCCUUCGAGCCUUCAUUGGAUGGGAACUAUUUUUCUUGGCCUUUGGUAUUUUUAUUUUUGAUCUCACCAUUAAACUAGGACAACCAAUCUUACUUGGAAAAUUCCUUAAUUAUUUUCAAACAAACAGCACUGUUACUGCUGAAGAGGCUACUAUUUAUGCCUCAGGUGUAGCUGUGUCAGUGUUUCUACACCAGUUUGGCAUACACCCUUUUAUCUUUGGCCUAAUGUACUUAGGAAUGAGGGUUCGUGUGUCCCUCUCAUCCCUUCUGUACCGCAAAUUGUUGAGAGUUUCUAUUUCAUCCAGUGCAGGAGUUUCUGGUGGAUAUGUUAUAAACUUGCUGACAAAUGAUGCGAGUCGUUUUGACUUUGCUCCCUUGUUUCUGCCUGAUGCUUUAGGAGGCAUAGUUUGUUCAGUGGUUGUGACAUAUUUUCUAUGGCAGGAAGUUGGUGUGUCUGCCUUUGUUGGACUGUCGGCCCUUGUUUUAUUUGUACCAGUACAAGCUCUUCUGGCCAGAAAAUCAUCCACUCUUCGUGAAAAGACAGCUAAGAGAUCUGAUAGAAGAAUCCAACUCAUGAAUGAAAUCAUUCAGGGAAUCCAAGCAAUCAAGAUGUAUGCAUGGGAAAAACGGUUUUCAAAAUUGGUUGAAAUUUCAAGAAGAAAAGAAGUUAAUGUCAUCAGAUCCAAGCUUUACUAUACUGGAAUAGCCUUUGCAUGUUCCUUAUUUCUCACAAAGGUUUCCUUUUUCCUGUGUGUGCUUCACUUUGCUCUCUCAGGAAAUGCUAUCACUGCAGACAGAAUUUUUUCUACUAUUAUGUACUUUAAUAUUCUGCAAGAAAGUUUAACCAUUUACUUCCCAAUGGCAAUUCAAAAGUUAGCAGAAUGUGUUGUUGCCAUCAGAAGAAUGGAAGAGUUUCUCCUGAAGCCUGAGUCCAGUGCAAUAAUGACUAGCCAGAGCAUAACUGGAAGUACUGAAGUGCUUUUGAAGAAUGUAGAUGCCAAGUGGACAGAAGACCAGCAGUUCAACACCCUGGAAAACUUAAAUCUUUCCAUUUCUCCAGGAAUGCUGGUUGGUGUUAUUGGUCAAGUAGGAUCAGGCAAGUCAUCAUUGUUACAAUUAAUUUUACGAGAAAUACCGCAUGUCACUGGAGCAAUGAACAUCCAGGGGUCAAUUUCUUAUGCAUCACAAGAACCAUGGCUGUUUGCUGGCACAGUUGUACAAAAUAUCCUCUUUGGCCUUCCUAUGGAUAAACAACGUUACAAAGAAGUUGUCAAAGUUUGUGCAUUAGAAGAGGAUUUCAAGCAAUUUCCUCGGGGUGAUAAGACCCAGGUUGGGGAACAUGGACAUUCACUCAGUGGUGGACAGAGAGCUAGGAUAAAUUUAGCUCGAGCUGUUUAUAGAAGGGCUGACAUUUAUCUUUUGGACGAUCCCCUCUCAGCUGUUGACACUCAUGUGGGCCGCCACCUCUUUGACGAUUGCAUCAAUGGUUUCCUGACAGGGAAAAUAGUUAUUCUAUGCACUCAUCAGUUGCAGUAUCUCAACAACGUCGAAUUCAUUGUAAUGAUGAAAAAUGGAUCCAUAAAGGCCCAAGGCACUUUUGGCGACUUGCAGAAAUGUGGCACAGAAUUGUCUGAUUUAAUGAAGACAGAAGCAGAAAAUGAGGAGAAUCCUGUCAAAGAUCCACUGCAGAGGAGACUUUCGAUUCACAGUACAGCUUCAGAUGAUGAAUUUGACGUGCCGGAAGAAAUGAAAUCAAAGGGGAAAGUGACCUGGAGGAUUUAUCAAUCUUACUUCAAAGCAGCUGGUGGUCUGCCAACAUUUAUCCUUCUUGUGUUAUUCCUUGCACUUUCUCAAGGCUCUAUAAGUGGUGGUGAUUAUUGGACUUCCUAUUGGGUUGAUCUUGAACAGUAUGUAUUUCAAAAAGGGAACACCACAUCACUUCCUAUAUUGGGAGAAAUGGACCAAGAUAAAUGCUUGUAUGUCUUUGGAGCUCUGAUAGCCAUCACAGUUUUUAUGAAUUUGAGCAGAAUAAUUGCAUUCGUGUACUGCUGUAUGGAAGGCUCUAAAAGAUUGCAUGAUACCAUGUUUAAUACUGUCUCCAAUGCCACCAUGUACUUUUUUGACAACAAUCCAUCUGGACGUAUUUUAACAAGAUUCUCCAGAGAUAUUGGUGUUGUUGAUGAAAAGCUUCCUGGCACUCUUUCUGAUUUCCUGGAGGUGGCCAUGCAUUUAGUUGGCGUUCUUUGUAUCAUCUGUGUGGUCAAUUACUGGCUUGUGUUGCCUGCCCUUGUGAUGGGUGUGAUUUUCUCCUUGCUUCGCCAACUGUUCAUGAUGACGUCUCGAAGUUUGAAAAGACUAGAGGGCUUGUCCAGCAGUCCCAUGUACACGCACACAAAUGCUACUAUUGAGGGGCUUGUCACAAUCAGAUCAAUGCACGCAUCGGACGAUUUAUCAAGAGAAUUUGAUAGCAAACAAAAUAUGAACUCCUCAGCGGUUUUCUAUUCACUUGGCACUGGUAGAGCAUUUGCUUAUUGGUUGGAUCUUGUGUGUAGUGGUUACACAAUGCUGGUCAUCUUCAGCUUUUUAUUUUUGGAGGAUGACUUUAAAGGUGGAGAGGUUGGCCUCACCAUCACACAGGCGCUUUCUCUAGUUUUUAUGUGCCAGUGGGCCAUGCGUCAAGCAGCUGAAGUGGAAAACUAUAUGACUUCAGUAGAACGUGUUUUGGAAUUCCACAAAGUUGAAAGUGAAGAGUCAAGACUUUUGACAAAACCUGAACACAAUCUGCCUGUCGAUUGGCCAACCUGUGGAGAUAUCACCUUCCAGAAUGUCUGUCUCCGUUACUCCUCUACUGAUCCUCCUGUGCUCAAGAAACUUAACUUUUUCAUCAAAUCUGGAGAAAAAAUUGGUAUAGUUGGUCGAACCGGAGCUGGCAAGUCUUCAUUACUGAGUGCCCUUUUCCAAUUGUAUCCUAUUGAAGGAACUAUUAUUAUUGAUAAAUUAGACACAAGCAAAAUGGGUCUUCAAGAUUUGCGCUCUCAUUUGUCAGUUAUCCCUCAGGAGCCUGUACUUUUUACUGGAUCCUUGAGGCACAAUCUUGACCCUUUCGAACAGUAUAAAGAUGAAGAUCUUUGGCGAGCACUGGGAGAUGUUGAACUAAAGUCAUAUGUAGAAGAAAUGAAUGGUGGGCUGCAGUUUGUUGUGACAGAAGGUGGCAGUAAUUUGAGUGUUGGCCAGAGGCAGCUUGUGUGUCUGGCACGGGCCAUAUUAAGGCAGAAUAAGAUUUUGAUUCUUGAUGAAGCCACUGCAAAUAUGGAUACAUACACUGAUCAAUUAAUCCAGACUACAAUAAGGCACAAGUUCUCAGCUUGUACUGUUUUGACAGUAGCUCAUCGUCUUGACACUGUCAUGGAUUGUGAUAAAAUACUUGUCAUGGAUGGUGGCCAAGUGGCUGAAUUCGGCAAGCCCCAUGACCUCCUUCAGAACCCCACGGGGCUUCUGACUAAAUUGGUUAACCAAACUGGUCAGACAAAUAGUGCUACUCUCAAGUCCAUGGCAGAGCAAGCCAGUAAUAGAAUGAAAACUCAUCAAAUUGAAGCUGGAAAAUGACUUUUUCUUUGCUAGUUUAUUUCUGUGUACCUUGUCAGUGUUACCCCAUUUGAUGUAUCUUUUGACACUGCCCAGCUCAUUCAGUUUCUUACAAUGCAAGAAAUUGUAUCUGUGAACAAUAUUCCUACAGUAUUUGCUCCUGCUCUUUGGUGUCGCUUUGUCUGUUAUUGAAUGUCCAUCCCCGUAGUGGGAGCAGGUAACAUAGUUCUUUUUUAAGGUGACGGUCACACUAUGAGUCUUUAUUUCUUGCCCACUUAAUAAAUUAUAAUUUUAUUACCUUUAUAAUGUUAAUUUUUUACUUGAAUCUUCGCCUGUAACCAACUUUAUUGGUACCUGAUCAAACUUCCUUAUGUUAGUAUUAAAGGAGUUUCAUUUUUGUAACUUCCAUCAUGGAGUCUGGUGCUCUAGAACUUAAUAGUGAUAUCUUGUGAUUUAUGAGAAGGGUUCAUUAUAUUUUGUUUAUAGUGUUCAAAUGAAAAUUUUCAUGUUUUUUGUUCCACUUUGUUCAUUUAAAUUAUUAAAAAAAAAAUCUGUUACUCUAAUUUUAAAUUCUUUAUAUGCUGAAAAUACACUGAUAUUUAUGUUAGAUGUGCACUCUGGAUUACUUAACUCAGCAUGUGAAGCACUGCAGUUGAUUUAAAUUUUAGAAUGUCGACAUAUCAGUCAAUGCAGUACAAAUGAUGUGGAAGAUGUACUUAAAUCUUUCAAUCUAUUGGGACAUUUAUGUGUUUCUAUUCUUGCUAAUUGCAUUCUUGUGUUAAAGCUCAGUUGAUUUGCAAUCAACGCUGUACACACCAUAUGUGUAACUUUUGUGCCUUGUUGAUAUGAUGACUGAUUUUUUUACAUGUUGAAUUAAAAUAAAAUUCACUUACCAA